AUGCCAUCCUCCAAACGACUCUUCCUAGCAGAUGAAGAGCUUGGAAAGAAAGACGACGACCACCGGCUGAAGAAGCAUCCCGACCAGCGAUGGCACCCAAAACUAUGGAAACGUCCUCGACGACGAAGAGUCCUUCUUAUUCCCGUCAUAUUAUAUCUAUUUUAUGUAUUCUUCAAGAACAUGCCGACAGAUAUUCCUCCUGCUAGGGAUCGGCUAAUAUCCAACUUGCCAUCAGCGCAGCAUAGUAUACCUGAUGUGCCUGUCCCGCCAGGGUUAACUCAGUCUGAACCUCCUCCACGCGUCGAGUCUGACACCAACGAGAAGGACGGACUAUACUACGAGGGGAAAUUGCAAUUUUACAACUUGGCAGUUACGCUGAAGCUCUUCUCAGACAAUGGCGGGAAGAGCCCUCCCAGCGCAACAGUAUUCGCGGCUGCAAGCUUGGGGAGUGUGUCUGACCUGUUGCCCCUCGCGUGUCGCAUGGCUCUUCAGAAGAAAAACGCGGUACACUUUGUACUAAUGGGAAGAGACGAUGUCUCCAUCGAGGGAAUCCAACGGGUCAACGGCCAGAAUAGGGAGAUCUGCCCGCUUAAUUGGCAUGAUAGUCGCAUGGAGCAAGCUGUAGCUGCGGUAUUGCCGUACAUACGGGCGUAUCUUCAACCCCAGGUCCUGAUUACACAAGGGGAGACCUUCGAGGACCAAUUCUUCUUGCGAGCUAUGCGAACUGCUAAGGACCAUGAAAUGCCAACAAUUGCCCUUCCUCGAGCAGCAAGAGACCUGAUGUGGAUGGCUAAUCUUGACAGCCAUGCUCUUCAAAAGUGGAAUGACAUCAACGUCGAGUUCCUCAUUUACACAGCGCCGGAGUCUGCUGGGUCGGUUAUCAGAUUGAUCAAUUCCCUCACCCGGGCAGAUUUUCUUGGGUUCAGCCCAGGCCUGACUAUUGAACUUCCUUCUCAAGUCGACCUUGAACUUCUACGAUUCCUUGAGAAAAUGAAGUGGCCUUCUGGAAUGUCUAGCAAAAUCACCAUUCGCCGGAGGAUCCAGUCACACCAGAUGAGCUCUCAUGAGGCCUCUUUACGUGCGGUCGAGUCUUUUUAUCCCAGAGACCCGACGUUGUCUCAUGUUCUUGUGCUCUCUCCGAGCGUCGAACUCGCACCAUCCUUUUUCCACUACUUGAUAUAUAACAUCUUAUACAACAAAUAUUCAGCCAGGGCUAACGUACUACCUGCCAAACUGAUGGGGAUUUCCCUUGACCUUCCAUCGUCGCGUCUUACCAACAUUGAUCCGUUCAAACAACCAGACAUCGAAGACACUCAAUCUUCUUCUAACAGCGCACCUGGAGCAUUGCCUAUGUUUUUAUGGCAAGCGCCUAAUAGUAACGCUGCGUUAUACUUUGGAGAUAAGUGGCUUGAGCUACAUUCUUUUCUUGGGCAUCGGCUAGCGUCUGUCGCUAAUGCUGAGACUCGCUCUACCGUGGACGAAACGGACGAAACGUUUAUUCCAGAGUUUUAUCCUGCAUUUAUGAAAUACCUGCUUGAGCUGAUUCGUGCAAAAGGAUAUUAUUUGCUAUAUCCUGCAUUCUAUAAUGAUGGGCAGUUUUCUCUCGCGACUUUCCACAGCGAACUUUUUCAGUUCCCAGAGGGGACUUUCAAUAAAGCUGCAGCAGCUCCCAAUUUCGAAGCGCUCCGUGCAUCCACCUCUACCGAGAGACCUCUAAGCAAAGCUUCAACCUUGAUGCCUCUGCUCGGCACGUUCCCACAAGGGCUACCUGACAUCACCCUUUUACCUAUACUGUCCCAUCGCGGCGAGAGGAUCUCUGAUUAUGUUCUUAAUCGAGAAACAGAACAGUACCAAAGGCAAUUCAGAGUACAUUUUGGAGGCUGUCAGGGCUUGGAGGAAGACAGGGUUACAGGGCACUUGUUUUGCAUAUAA